CCUGACCUGUGCUGUACAUGAAUUUAUUUGUUCUUCCUAUCCUCAAAUUCCCUGACAGACUAAUUAAUUUCCCCACAGCUGCCCACCCCAUUCUUUCCCUCUUGUAUCAACUCUCUCACUUGCCUGCACUAAUCCUUUUGUUUGGGGCUGAGGGGCCCAGGCACAGCACUGUAAGGACUGGUUCAGCUCAAGAGUGCCUGCAGAGUUCUCUUGUUCUCCACCAGAUCAGCCUACCUAAUAUUAAUGCUUCCCUCUGCAAGAACAAUUCACAGCUUUUCUCUUUUAAAGUUUUUUUUAUUCUUCUAUUUUUAUGUUUUCCUCUUGAUUUUCUUGACUGUUUCCAUUUUCCUCCUUAUCUCGACUUAGACCUGUUGCCAGUUCUCAGAGCUUGGGAAGGCCUAUCAGCGCAGUUGAGAACAUGCGCUUUGGGAGCUCGGCUCCAUGUUUGGUGCUGCUGCUGCAUCUUUGUGAGCUGGGGAGAGUCGCGGAAGGUACAGUACAGGAUCAGGAGCAUCUGCAGGAGGCUCUCAAGGCGUUGGGUCUACCUUUGGAGAGUGAUAAGGAGCCUACACUCCAGAGGAACAGAAUAAGUCUCCUGAUCACCAAACUGCUCCAGGAUGUGCACUGUGCAGAGAAGAUGGGCAUCACUCAGGAAACAUGUGAGAAAUGCCUGACACCGAACGUAGCGCUGUCCGUGCUUGACGAUGACAGGAUUGAUCUUGCUGAAGAAGAUUACCAUAAGAUCUCAACGGUUCUGCUAUAUUACAUAAUAAACUUAAAGGAUCUGUGUGUCUCAAACAUUGGCCCUCCACCAGCCCUUUCGUCCUCAUCUGGAAACUUGCAGUUCUAUCUGCUGCACUUCGCCAGUCUGAACCCAAAUGAAAACAAUCAGUCCCUUUCAUACAGCGAGACGGAGCGAAUUGUGCGACUCAUUAACCAGCACUACCGUCCCUCCAAAAAGGACAUGCCUGACUCGCAAUGCAUACAUUCAGCUCGUCUUCUUAAAGAGGUGGACGUGGGUGCAAAUCCUGUUGCAAGGGUGGCAGAGGUGCCUAAAGUAACGGCGGCUAUAAUUAGCUACAUGCUGCAGGGACGCUGCUUUACACAGAGGAGCCUCCCAUCCCCGGACUUCUUCACAGAUUACAUAUUUCAGUCUCUAAAUUGUUCAAAUGCCCUACAGCUAAAAGACUUGGAAGAGCUACUUCAUCAGCUAGGAGUGGGACAUGGCAAAAAACCAAUGCACUCCAACAAUAAGACGAAGCGGAGCAUCAAAGGAGGUUCAUAUUUGCUGAAAGACGUUACUGAUGGAGACUGGGCACAGGUGUGUUUUUCAGCCAAUCAGCUGGCAGAUAUUUUUGCUUUGGACCCUCAUUUGCCCGUUUCCAAGGAGCAAUUCAGACAAAUUUGUCCAGCCAUCAUUCAGCAGCUGCUAGGCAAUGCCUGUGGGUCACAUCAGCAAAAGGCGAGAGGGUCGGCUCCCACUGCUAUUGAGAAGUACGGCUACAGCACAGCUGCUGUUCUGAUCAUCACGGUCGGCUCCAUGUUGGGGAUCUGCCUGCUAUUGUUCAACUCCUGUCAGGAGACCUAUGCACUCAUCCUGCAGCUGUUUGUGGGCCUGGCAGUGGGAACCCUCUCUGGUGACGCUCUCCUGCAUCUCAUUCCACAGAUUCUUGGCCUACAUGGCAGCACUCACAGUCAUGGUGAUGAGCUCCAUAACGAGGACAAGGAGCAUCUGUGGAAGAUCCUGGGCCUGAUUGCUGGGAUUUACGGCUUCUUUCUCAUGGAAAGAAUGUUUUCCUUUCUGGUCCCUUCUCAUGGCCAUGGUCACUGCAGCGACCUCACCCUGGACCUGAACUGCAAUGGUCAGUCUCAGAGGAGCAAGUCCAUUUCCACCAUCCAGUUGGUGAGUCUCAUCUCAACCCUGACUGAACUGGGCUCAGUGGAAGACGUAGAGGGCCCAGAAAGUUCCCCUGGCCAUCCAAACACAGAACGCGCUCCUCAUCAGAAACACGGGGUUCCUCUGCUGGCCGUGAUGGUAAUUGUGGGAGACAGUCUUCAUAACUUUGCCGACGGCCUGGUUGUCGGAGCGGCUUUCUCUUCAUCAGCCGAGACCGGCAUGGCAACCACCGUGGCCAUUUUGUGCCACGAGAUCCCACACGAGAUGGGGGACUUUGCGGUGUUACUCAGCUCCGGGCUCUCAGUGAAGACCGCAGUCCUGAUGAACUUCCUCAGUGCCCUGACAGCUUUCAUGGGCCUUUAUAUUGGACUUUUUGUCUCUUCGGACACAGAUGUACAGCAGUGGAUCUUCUCCGUCACGGCUGGGAUAUUUCUCUAUUUAUCUCUGGCAGAAAUGCUCCCGGAGAUGAAUCGAGUGAAGACCAACAGGCCGUUUGCCAUGUUCCUCCUGCAGAACCUCGGUUUGCUCCUAGGCUGGACUUGUCUUCUGUUGCUCGCGCUCUUUGAACACCAACUCAGAUUUUAAAUGCAACUGUCACACGAGAUCGAACUAUGCUGAUGUUUUUAUUUUUUUUGUAUUUAUAUCAUUGUCUUGUUAACAAUCAUCUCACAUGCGCAAGCAACACUUUCUGGAUAGAAUAUGUUCCUUUAUUAUAGUCCCAUCAUUGGAUAGUAAAAAACUAUGAAAGUUGAGACUUGUUUGGUAAUUUUUGAUGAAUCAUGUUUUUUAACAUCUUGAUUUUUACUGAAAUUUAACUACACCAUACUAUAUAUAUAUAUAUAUAUAUAUAUAUAUAUAUAUAUAUAUAUAUAUAUAUAUAUAUAUAUAUAUAUAUAUAUAUAUAUAUAUAUAUAUAUAUAUAUAUAUAUAUAUAUAUAUAUGACACUACUGUUAGAAGAGAAUAAAGUUUGAAAAUGCAUAUUUUUUCCUUACUAUUGUUUUCUUUUUCUAUGCUUAAUUUAAAUUAUACUCUACACUUUUUCAAAAAUGCAAAGGAACCCUGGAGGCACACUUUUCCAAAACACUUAUUUCUGGCUAGAUAAAAAAAACGUUAACAUUAGCCGUGGAGAAAGAACCUCUCGUUCAGGCAUCAAUGUUUUCCACAGCUAUCUAUAAAGCUCUGUUGGGAUAGUUGUUACUCUCAUCUCCGACGCUUUGUUCUUUGUUUUUUUGAGGUCUCUGUGUGAGCCAAUACGAGGGCAUUUCCACCCACCUGAGCCACACGUUCUCUCCAUCCACCAACCUGGGUGACUAAUGCCUGGUACUGUACAAACACACAGUGGGUCCGACCCACACAGCGCAAAAACACUCUUCAGUUGUCAAAGUGGGCCUGCAGAAGGAGGGGGAGGUGGAGGACAGUGCGAUGAACACAUCGGCUGCAAUAAAAUAAAUGAAACAUAACUGAAUCUGUGAUGCUCACAUUGUGAGUGGGCUCAAAAAAAA